AUGAUACUGUUGUGGUUUAUUGUCGUGCAUUUGUGCACCACGACUAAAAAAAUGGAAAAACACCUUUUAGAGGCUACGUGUUCUGGAGAAUAAUUCAGAUUUUUUUCAUUCGCUUGAUGUAUAUAGUAGUUUAUUAUUUUUUUCCAACGUUGAAUGAUAUUAUAUAGCAACAAUCCGACCAUCUAGAGGCCUGGAAUCACCUAGGAUCACCAUGAAGGAUAUUGAGAUCAAGGGAAUGAUUUCUGCCCAUACCAUCAUGGCAGCUUCUGUCCUGAUGGCCACAGUACUGCCCCUUCUGUUUGUGGAUGGGUUUUCAGUCUAUGGCACACACCUUGUGUGGCUGUAUUCUGUCUCUGGAGCUGUGGCUGCUGUUAACAUCACUGUCUAUUGGCUGCUGGGCAUCAGUCCACCAUCUAAGAAGAAUACUCUGAGUUACAAGGUGUCUAAAGCCUUCAGGUCCUGCCUGUAUUUCAUAUUAUCCUGCUUCCUGUUCCACACAGUUGUUGUCCUGUAUGGAGCACCUUUGCUGGAGUCUGCGCUUGAAACCUUUUCCUUUGCUGUCCUGCUGUCCACAUUCACCACCCUGCGCUGUCUCUGCAUCCUGGGGCCUAACGUCCAGGCCUGGAUUCGUGUUUUCAGUCGGGAUGGGGCCAUGUCAGUGUGGGACACCAGUCUGCAGAUCACCACAGCCUGCAGUAUGAUUGGAGCUUGGCUGGGAGCAUUUCCUAUCCCCCUGGACUGGGACCGGCCCUGGCAGUUACAGAUCGGGGUGGCUCAUCUUGGGAUGAAUAAAGGUCAUAUUUCUAAAAAUCAGGUGUGGCCAGUCUCCUGCACACUAGGAGCGACAUUUGGCUUCUUGACCGGCCUGGUCGUUGCUCCCUUGUGGAUACACUGGCACAGGAAGCAGCUGACGUACAAGAGCAAGUAGAUGGCAAGGUGGGCUAACGGAGAUGCAAGCAAUGUCUUGAUGCCCGUGGGCUGUGCCAGAUUGGCAUGGAUUGGCAAAAUGGUUUCCUUAAAUCAUCUCCUAUAAAACUAAAGAUGGAUUAAAGCCAGCUCUUGUUUGUUUUUGUACUACUUUUGAAGCAGCAUAUCAAGUGGCAAGAGUUUUAUAAAAGCCAUUGACAAGUUCAUCCGAAUGACAAAUGUAUUUAAAAGCUAGAUUUGGGACUGGAUGGGAGGGGAUUCUGAGCUGCUAAUUUUGUUGGAUUUGUAUGUAUUUUUGAUGGAAUUGACUGGUAACAGUUUAAUUUGUAAGGAAAAUAAAAGUUUAUGCAGCUUUG